CCCCGCGUCGCAUUGGCAUGGCUGCCCGUGGUGGAGUCGCCGCUGCUGGCGAGGGUCUGCGCUACGCCGAGUACUCGCCGCCGGCGACCAAACGGCCGGACGCGGACGUGGACCAGGGACUGGCAAGAAGUUUGAUAGCUGUAGGACUGGGUGUUGCAGCUCUUGCAUUUGCAGGUCGCUAUGCAUUUCAAAUCUGGAAGCCUCUAGAACAAGUAAUCACAGAAACGGCAAAGAAGAUUUCCACUCCUAGCUUUUCAUCCUACUAUAAAGGAGGAUUUGAACAGAAAAUGAGUAGGCGAGAAGCUAGUCUUAUUUUGGGUAUAAGCCCAUCUGCUGGCAAGGCCAAGAUUAGAACAGCUCAUAGGAGAAUCAUGAUUUUGAAUCACCCAGAUAAAGGUGGAUCUCCUUACUUAGCAACCAAAAUAAAUGAAGCAAAAGACUUGCUAGAAGCAACCGCGAAACAUUGAUUGAUGCUUAAGAAUCAUUCUGAAGGAAAAAAAGGGAGAAUAUAAAACAAAAAAAGUCCUGCAAAGUAGUCUAAACCACGGUGUUCAUAAUUUUCAUACAUGUACUGACCACAAUCAUUUAUUCCACUAUUAAGGUAUAUAAUAAUAAAAGAUUAACAAUC